GUGUGUGACAGAGAGAGAGAGAGAGAGAAAACGAGAGUCUUUUAUUUACAGUGACUCGCCGUUGACUCGUUGUAAAGCUCAUAUCGAGCUUCUCAACGACGUGCAGAUUUUGAAUCGCGAUUUUUAGCUAUCAAUGCUUAGAAUUUUCGCGCGUGCGAAAAAGUGUCGCUUUCCUAUACAACGGAGUGAGGCGUGAGUGAGCAGCGAGGGAGAGGAAGAGAGAGAGAAAGAGAGAGACUGAGUGCGAAAGGUCGGGAAGAUUACAGAACUCGACUGGACGACCCCUGGUCUCCGAUUGUGCUGCGCGAGAAUCUGCGUGUUCCGUUGUGUAGUAGUAUGGAAUGAUGUGUAUGUUACUUUUUCCCCGUAUGUGAAUGUCUGUUGCUGUUGAGAUUGGAUCAUUAAAGUUAAUAUUUUGCUGGCACAAAUGAUUUAGUUGUACCGAAGUCCUCGUCCGGCCUGAACGUCCGCAAGAGCAAAUGAUAUCGAAUGCUCAAAAGCAAUCCCCGACUCUCCCUCACUCUAUCCCUUUUAUAUCUCACCUCGAUACCUUGUUGAUAUCACGUAAGUCCUUUUUACUAAUUGGCCAAGUAUUUGGCGCGAUCACGGUAUUCACGAGUGACGUCGCAGACGAGGAGCUUUUCGCACUGCCAUUUGGAACAACGCUACACGGCUUGUCCAGACAUUUUUUAAACACUCGUUUCUUCCUUUCCCCUCGUUCGUCUGGGAACGUCUGGGUCACUCGUGAUCUGUUCUGGGUGAGAUCGUCUUCCUGACCGCGCGUUGCCGCGCAGGAGCACUCAUCAUUCAUGCGUUUGUACGAUGGGAGUGUCUCUUCGCGGACUCUGAGGAAGUACCGUGAUCGCAUUUGAACGAGCCAAAUUCUACCAAAUUGACGUAGUUUAGUGUCAUAGCCUGGAGAGAAGUAGCCUAGUGGAUCUCUUUCGUAACGGAAUCUAAGUCCGUGGUGAAAUCGCGCAUUUCGAUUUAUGCGAGAUCGCGAAGAGCCGCUCCUUCACGUUCGAGCGGGAUGUCUCAAGUAUCCCGUAUCUCUACCUCUGUUUAUAUCGCGUCCUUGAUGACGAAAGUCAGUGCCGUGUCGACUGUCGUCGCGAAUCGUCAUCGCUAGUCCGUUCUGUAGAAUCGUGAAAUCUAAAGAUCUUUUGUAAUUGUAGAUCGCGAUUUUUAAUGACGUUUUGCAGUAAUAACGCAAUACGGAAUCACGUUGUCGUCAAGAAACGUCUGCGAUAGUGCCAUGCAUUCCAAAUGUUUUUUCCAGCGUUCCUUUUUUCGCGUAAUUUAAAUACCUUGUCGCGACUUCACGUUUAUGAAUACCUUAUCCGUACACUCGUUUCUCAUUUUCGAUUUUCCAAGUGCGAAAGGAAAAUAAUGGCGUAGAGUGACGUAGAAGAAUCUUUAGUUUUUUAAAUUCAUCAAAUGUGAAGCAAAUGUAUUUUGAAGACGAAGUGCGGCGAAUCGCCGUCGGUGCUGAAAUCGUUGAGGUGCAUGGUGCACUUUUGUGAGUCCACCAAAGAAAGAGAAGUCAUACUCUUGUGCUUUUAUUGCGGAGGGAAACGGGCAAGAUACGAUGCAACGCGCUUCGCAUCGGUCGAAUUAUCCACGGAUGGAAGCUAAUGCACGUCACGUGACGCCUUUAUAAGGUAUCAUCAGGGCUUUCGAUAACGCGAAACGAGGUUGAAGUUCAUCGAAAUGGAGCGACAGAAUGACGACAGUGGCUCGAUUCGGACCGAUAAUGCCAGAGUUGCGGAAAAUGACGAUGACUUCGAUCUCGACGACCUUUUGCCGAUCGUCGGCGAAUUUGGUCGUUAUCAGAAGCAAUUGCUGUGGCUGGUCUGUUUGCCGGCGUGUUUGCCCUGCGGCUUUUGCGCCUUCAAUCAAUUGUUCAUGGCAGACACGCCAUCGCACUGGUGCAAGGUGCCGGGUUUAGAGAACAUGGAUUCCGUUCGCAGAAGACGUCUCGCCAUUCCCGCGAGUCAGGAUGAUAACGAAACGUACAGCCAGUGUACGCGAUACGACAUCGAUUGGACGACGACGACAACGACGAUGGAGAAUUACUCUAUCGUGGCGACGUAUUCUAUACCCAACACAUCGUGGUCUGUCGUGCCCUGCGAUCAUGGCUGGGAGUACGAGGCCUCGGAAAUGACAUCAUCUAUCGUCAUCGAUUUUGAUCUCGUGUGUGAUCGUGCGAUCUAUCCAACGAUUGGUUUGGUGGCCCUUAAUACAGGAGGUCCCAUAGGAGUAUAUCUGUUCGGUACAUUAAAUGACAGAAUCGGUCGAAGGUUAUCCUUUUUCACGUGUUUGGCGACAUUAAUAACCGGUAGCUUUCUAACAGCAAUUUCGAACAAUUUUUGGACUUGGGCUUCUACACGUUUUGUCGUUGGUUUGACAAUACCAGCAAUUUAUCAAAUACCUUUUAUUAUAUCCUUGGAACUGGUCGGUCCAAAUUAUCGUUCAUUCGUCACGGUUAUGACUUGCACUUUCUAUACGAUGGGCCUUUGCAUGCUAGCAGGCGUCACUUACUUGAUACGCGAUUGGCGAACACUCGCCGUAACCACGAGUGCGCCUUUCCUGAUAUACUUUUUUUAUUGGUGGUUCUUACCGGAGUCACCGCGAUGGUUGUUAGCGAAAGGUCGAUUAAGUGAGGCUAAUGAUAUUCUUGAAACUUUGGCCCGUGUGAAUGGCAAAGAACUUCCAGUAUCAUUCACACAAAAACUUCGUCAGCGUAUGACGAUGUCGAGAUCGAAGAGCGAGGAGGAGAGACUACGAACUGGUCCCGGUGUUCUCUCGCUCUUCAAAACGCCAAAUAUGUGUCUCAAAACAUGUCUUAUUACUUUAAACUGGUUUGCCAAUAAUAUGGUGUAUGUGGGUCUUUCCUAUUAUGGGCCAGCUUUAGGGAACGAGGAACAUUUGAGUUUUCUGUUUUCUUCUCUGGCCGAGAUUCCCAGUUACAUCGCUUGCUGGGUUGUAAUGGAUCGAUGGGGCCGCCGAUGGCCGCUGUGUUUGUGCAUGGUCGUGGCUGGAGUAUCAUGUGUUGCAACGGUGCUGUUAUCGCCCGAUGCUGUCACGGAGACCUUGAUCUUAUUUCUCAUAUCGAAGUCUGCGAUAUCGGCGUCCUUUCUAAUUAUUUACCCCUUCGCCGGGGAACUCUAUCCUACGCAAUUACGCGGAGUUGCCAUUGGCUUUUCCGCAUACGUCAGCGGCCUCGGACUCAUCAUUAUACCUUUCGUAACAUAUCUCGGAAAAGAAAAUCUUGUGCUGCCUUUGGUUAUCUUGGGCGUGAUCUCGGUAAUCGGUGGAUUAUCUGGAUUGCGGCUACCAGAAACAUUGCAUCACCGUCUACCACAAACAGUUGAAGAAGGAGAAUUAUUUGGCAAAAAUUGGUCAUGUGCGGAUUGCAUUCGUUGUGUUCCAAUAAAACCAUCAUCAAUUACGACUUCUUAUGAGAACUUGUCGACGCGAGAAACGGUAGAGAUGCAGGAAAUGCCUGAAGUGAGACUUGCUUCAUCUAUUUUGGAAGAACGGCCGAGCACGGCAAAUGUUCGCCGUUUGGUUCGUCAGUCCAGCGUAAUGGAUACUCAACGCGAUUCUGAUGGAACUAUGAAGAUGACUUAUUGGUUUUAGCUUUAAUUACUUUUUAAAUCAAACAUAUUCUAGUCAAAAUAAAAUCUUUUUGUUUUUUUUCCUGCAAUUAAAUUAUUUUUUAAUAUUAUAUAUAGCGUUUUAUCUCUAUCGUUUAUAAAAUAUUUGUGGUAUAUAUAACUAUAUAUAUAAGAAAAAUGAUUCAUGUACAUAAAGAAAU